CCUCGUAUAGUUUACGGAUGCCUUGUGCUAGGUUCUUAAUCGGAAGGUAGUUAACCUUUGAUAUCAGAUGCGUGUUUAGUAAUUCUGUAUUCACAUUCAUUAAGUCCGAAGGACUUCUAUUAUUAAGUCCGAAGGACUUCUAUUACGACGAUAACUUGAACUUUCAAAUCUCCACUCCCAUUGGCCAAGAGUGUCUCCACUAGGCGCCGAUUGGCCAGAUGUGUGUCUCCACUCAACGAUUGGAUGACAGUGUUGUCGACCUGCCAACGACGCCCUCAUCCUUUCCAUCCCGUCGUUGGACCCUCCAAUCCAACACAGUCAGUCAUGGCUGAUUCUAUCCCUUCGAUGAACGUUUGCAGGAAAUGCAAGCAGGAGAAGCCAGCAGAUCGAUUCAUUUCGAAGACAAAGUCGUCACUCGCAUGUGGAAGACCUACGACCGACUGUCUAGACUGUAGGAAUCGACGAGCCUUAGUCGCCUCUAAGCGUACGGCAGAACAAGCUGAGUUAUCCCCAAUAUUUCGAGAAGGAUUGCCAUUGAUAGACUUGCAACUGGGCACACCAAUCACCACGUCAACACGAACGGACGCGCCGAUUACUCCCCGACCAGGUCCGUCGGCUGCUUCUCAAGAAGGCGUACGACUCGGGACGCCGAUCGAAUCUCCGGUAUCGAGUCUUUCUAUUUACCCGAGGCCAACUCGAGGGGGAAGAAAUCCCCGUCCGCCUGCACAGCUGCAGCAGCCGGCCAUCGAACGCCCAGAACAUCGAGGUUUUGAACUUCCUGACCCGGACUGGGCGCGUGAUCUGUCGCAUUGCCCGUUGUCUGAUAAAGAUAAGGACCUCCUGGAGGCGUUCUGGACGGAGCUGGAAAACGACCGGAUGGAACACUGCGCCCGUUGUCAGGAGACAUGGUUUGACAUGGGCUUGAAAGACGGCGUUUGCAAGCGUUGCAUGGCCAAGGACAAGAACAAAAAGGAGGAUGAACCUCUGUUUUUUUCAGCCGAAAAUCAAUUGGAUUUUGGCUCAGUCCCCGCAUUCCUCCCCCAGUUGACAAGAAUAGAAGAGAUGCUAAUCGCUCGAGUUCAUGUAUUUGUGAACGUCAUGCAGGUCCGGGGCCAGCAAUACAAGUAUCGUGGCCAUAUUGUGCAUUUUCUCCGCGAUGUUGGCAAAGUGUAUCGCCAACUUCCUCUUCUACCCUCUGAAUUAGAUGUUAUCCUGCUACGCCCUCCGAAUGCAAGCGAACAUGCCCACCUUGACCGCCAAUUCAGACGCCAGUUCCGCGUACGCCGUCGCUGUCUCCAGGCGUGGCUGGAUUUCCUGCGCCGUAGCCAUCCGGGCUACCGAGAUAUUGCUGUCUGCCAGAAGCGGAUCUGAUUUAGUACCAGAUCUGCUACCAGAGGAUACAGAGAUGGAAGCACUGCAUUCGCGCAUUCUUGGCGAAGAGCGCGAUGAACCGGUUCCUGUACGACAGCCGACACAACAUCAGCUUGAAAUGCCAGAUAUUCGGAGGACGCCGGUAAACGAGUUCA